AUGAAUUUAGAUGAACUAGUAGCUAAGAAUGUAAUGUCUGGUGAAGAGGGUUUGCAAUUCAUGCAAAACACAUCUUCAAAUUCCAUGUUUCUUGAAAAUAUGAAUCAUGGUACAUUGUGCAAGAAGACUAGUACUCAUGUUGAUGAAAUUUGGAGUAAGCAAGAAAAUCAUCAUUCCUCAGUUCAUAAGCCACAAUUGAGUAGUACUAAUACUCUGGAGGAUUUCUUGAUACAUGGUAGUGUUAUUAAAAGUGAGAAUAAACUUGAUGAUAUAGUGCCUAAAUUGAAUCAGCAAAAUGGGAGAGUCUUGCCAAUGCCAAUGCCUAUUCAAUCCAAUUCAGAUACUAUCAAUUUUGAGAAUCAACAGGCUAUGGAUGUUGUUAAUUAUCCUGAGAAAUGUACGACUAAUAUGGCGAUGCCAGCAGCAACAAUAACAACAACAACGUCGAAUGAAUGUCACUUGAUCGGAGAACAGAAGAGGCCUUUCGUGGAUGAGAAAAGUAUUGAAAGGAGGCAGAGCAGGAUGAUCAAGAACAGAGAAUCAGCUGCAAGAUCAAGAGCAAGAAAACAGGCUUACACAAAACAAUUGGAACAAGAGGUGUUAGAGUUGAGGAAAACUAACAGUUGGCUGAAAAAGCAAAAGGAUUUGGAAAAACUUUUGUGCUCAAAUGCAGAACCUAGACACCAACUCCGGAGAACCAGCUCAGCUUCCUUUUGA